CCGAAAAAGGGGGUUUAGAAUUAGAAUUAGAUCAAGCUUAGCUUUGAUGGCGUCCACUUGUCUCCGCCAUUAACAAUUCUCCCUUUGAAUUGCAAUUCAAAUACUUUCCUUUGAUUCAACCACAAGACCUAUAUAAUAUACCACUUCAGAUACCUAAUAUAGUAUCCGAACUCACUUUUUCCGAAGUAAAACAAAAGGAAUCAACCUCAACAUUGACAGCGAAGAAAACAGUGUCUCAAUAGAUUGAGUGGAGUGCUAGAACAAGAUAAACCUUGGAUGCAUUAGAGUUUGGGAAAACAACAAAGGGAGUAUGAAUUACAAACUCUAUAGAGGAUUUGCCAGGGAAGUUUCCUGAAUGGCUAUGUAGUCUGAUGAAACUCGGAUCUGUUGGUGAACAUUUGCAUAUAGCAUAAGUGACCUGGUGCUUCAGUUUUACAUAGUAUUUUCUUGAUCAAAACGGAACAAAUGGAAUCUAAACUGUAAGUGCACAAUUCUGGUGAAAUUGAGAGUGUGAUCAUACAAUAUAGUUACUGCCAUGACCAUUGAGGUUUCAUGCUCUUCUGGUCAAUGGCUUAAGAAAGAACCACAUUCUGUUUUAAAUGAUGGGGUGUUGGCUGGGAAGAUUUCAAAGAACAACAUAUCUAUAAGCACAGGUGAGGAGUUCUCCAUGGAAUUUCUUCAGGAUCGUGGCACUGUAAGACAAGUUCAUAAUGUUUAUGCCCUGAGCAAUGGGACAUUACCAAAGGAUAAUGGCAACCAUCAUCUUGUUUACGAGGAGCUUAGUGUUAUGCUUGGGUUGCAGAGGGUGGAUUCUGCAUGCAGUUCUGGUAUGGCUGAGAGUACUUCUGUUAAAGGAUCUCUUUCUAAACCAAGUGCUCCAUCAGCCAUUGUCGUUGAUUCGGCUCCCUCUUUGGCUCCCCGAGCUUCAGGAUCAGGAGUUUCAGAUGAGUCUCAAAGAGAAAAGAUUAAGUUUAUCUGCGGAUAUGGUGGUAAAAUCUUGCCUCGCCCUAGUGAUGGGAAACUGAGAUAUGUGGGAGGUGACACACGUAUUGUUUCAAUACAAAAGAAUAUAUCAUGGGAAGAGCUUAUUAAGCAAAAUAGUGAAUUUUGCAAUCAACCACACACAAUCAAGUACCAGCUUCCAGGAGAGGAUCUUGAUUCUCUUAUAUCCGUGUCUUCUAACGAAGACCUUCAGAAUAUGAUAGAGGAGUACAAUGCCCUAGGAAACCUUGAUGGUUCCCAACGACUCAGGAUAUUCUUGAUUCCUCAUAGUGAUUCUGAAACCACAUGUGCAAUUGAAUCCAAUGGUAAUCAGCAGCAAAAUCCAGAUUAUCAGUAUGUUGUUGCAGUCAAUGGAAUAGUUGAUCACAACCCAAGAUUUCCUCAGAAGCAUCCCCCCUCUUUUGAUAUCUUGGAAGAUAGCAUUGGCCUCAAUAACUCAAAUGUCACUCAACAACUUUGUGAACCCCUAGUUAUCACCAACUCUCCUGAAAACUUUCCUCUCAGUUCUUCUGAUCUAGUUCCACAAAGGGAUUUGAUGAAUGGUCAUGCACAAGCAAACAAAAAUCCAAGUAUUGAGAUCCCAGUACUCAAGGGCCGAGCGUUUCAUUCUGAAAUUCCUAUUCAACAACCUACUGAUACAACAGAUAUACCUUUGGGGCUUGAUGCUAAUGGGCUUCAUCCUGGGACCCCACAUGCAUUUUCUGAUACCCAACUCCAGGAACUUCAAGGAAGCUCUUCUACAUUAGGCUUUGCACCACCAUUGAUACAUCCAUAGUUGGAAUCUGCUGAACAACAUGAAAAUGUUGUAAUUGAGAUACCGAGUGUUUCUUACAAUCAUACAGAUUCUUUGCAAACUCCUUUUGGUUCUGAAUCUUUGAAGAGAGCAUGUGACGCAAAUUGCAUAGAUGAGAAGAUCCAAGCAGCGAAGGAAGAUCCAAGGAAAAUUCUUGGAGUGCAAAACAAUUCCAAGGAAAACAUCCAAAGUUUCUCUGAAGCUGCAAACUUUUCUAACAACAUUUCAUCUGCAACUGCUAAUGGUGACAUCAAUAAAGCAUUAAAGCCUUUAAAGGUCAAUUAUGAUCAGAUACCUGUACUGCAUUACCUGAAUGUCUCAAACCACGUAAUCCCUGCAUCAACUGCAACUAAUGUAAAGCAUGCUAUUAACAGCCAAAGAAUUACCGAGAAUCAGCAGCAUGUAACAAAUGGAAUCGAAAAUGGUCAACAGGGAAUCAGUACGCAAUGGGCCCAUAACCCUGAAAAAUCUUUGACUGAUCUAAUUCCUGGCUUAUCCGAUAAUGUAUCUCAUGAGUAUGCUGUUCAACUGCCAUUGAUGCAGAAUCCAACUACAGCUGCUGGUCAUAGGAGGGAAGUUUCACUGAUGGAUGAAGACUUUUUCAUCUACACCAAACAAGAAGUUGGUAACUCGAAUCACGAAGCAUAUUACAAUAAAAUGCAGAAAGAAAUGGAAGUUCCAUUUAUCAAGGACAUGAAAGAUAAUCAACUGGAGUUGCCCGACCUUUUGGGAAAUAUUACUGAUGUUGCAAGCAAUUCCCCUCUGUUAGAUGCAAUCAGCACUGAAGCUCAAUCUUCUAAUGCAACAGAAGCUGAAAGCACUUUCUCAGACUCCAAUGUCGAGAAUGCUGCAACAGAUAAAGGAGGUAAGGAUGACCCAUUUAGUAAUGCAUUGAUAGCUGAAAUGGAAGCUGAUAUGUAUGGCCUCCAGAUAAUAAAGAAUGCUGAACUCGAAGAACUAAGAGAAUUAGGAUUUGGAACAUAUGGAACUGUAUAUCAUGGCAGAUGGCGUGGAUCAGAUGUUGCUAUUAAAAGAAUCAAGAAAAGUUGCUUUGCUGGGAGAUCAUCUGAGGAAGAACAUCUGUGGACUUCUAUAAUUGUCCAUGCGAAUGAUUUCUGGAGAGAAGCACAGAUCCUUUCAAAUCUUCAUCAUCCAAACGUGGUUGCAUUUUAUGGAGUUGUACCAGAUGGAGCUGGUGGAACUUUAGCUACUGUAACUGAAUUUAUGGCAAAUGGAUCACUAAGAAAUGUCCUAGUAAAAAAAGACAGGUCACUUGAUUGUCGUAAAAAGCUCAUAAUAACCAUGGAUGCAGCUUUUGGGAUGGAAUAUUUGCAUUCCAAAAACAUUGUCCAUUUUGAUCUAAAUUGUGACAAUUUGCUGGUUAAUAUGCGUGAUCCACAACGACCUGUUUGUAAGGUUAGAGACUUUGGACUGUCAAGGAUCAAACGGAAUACUCUAGUUUCAGGUGGUAUGAGAGGUACUUUACCAUGGAUGGCACCAGAAUUAUUAAAUGGUAGCACUACCCGAGUCUCUGAAAAGGUUGACGUGUUCUCAUUUGGCAUUACUAUGUGGGAGAUCCUAACUGGUGAAGAACCUUAUGCAAAUAUGCAUUGUGGGGCAAUCAUAGGGGGGAUCGUGAAGGAUACCCUUCGGCCUAUUAUACCAGAAAAGUGUGAUCCUGAAUGGAAGAACCUGAUGGAGCAAUGCUGGUCCGUGGACCCCACCAUCCGACCUUCAUUUACUGAAAUCACAAACCGACUGCGGGCCAUGUCCAAGGCCCUCCAGCAAAAUGGGCCCAAAAAGGGCUCACAGUCGCAUGCAUAGACUUCACUUCACUUCACUAGUAAGCAGGUAAAGUAGUAAAUACUAAACACAUAUACUGUUUUUCAUCCGUUCCAUAUGUUUUGAUUUUGAUUGCUCAUGAAUUUUGUCAUUUGUUCAUUCUUUUUCGACUGAAAACCAGUUUGUGUGAAUAGUAUAAAAGUUUACGGAUAGUAUUAUGCUCCUUUCACUUCA